AGUUCGUUUGUUUGAGAAGUCAAGUUUGGGUGCGUUCAUGUAUCUUACGAAACUCAUCCUCUGCGUGAAUGAAACCGAUGGCUGUGCAGAUAACAGUGGAACUAAACGCCGACCCCGUCACGGCGGAACUAAAAUUUCCCGUCGGACUUCCGAUUGGAUCGACGCUCAACCUCAUCUUGCAACGAACGCCGAACUUUCAACCGCACACCAGAUGCGAGAAGGAGUUUGUAUUACGAUACGCCUACGUAAACGGCAAACCCGUGCCUGUAGCUAGAAGACAGUGCGGUUCAAAAUGCAACAUAGCAAGGGCUAUCAAGAUAAGUUCGCCGGAGGUGAACGGAAGAACCGUUUGCGUCUUAGACACCAAGUGCCGUGUAAACGAUCCUAGUUCACUACUCAGCAUCUUUGGAAAGGUACCUCGGUACCGGGGCGAAAGUACCCGCAAUGAAAAACACGAACUGUUAGGGGACAACGACGACGAUGACUCUACCCCGGUUUAUGGUGAACCGUCCCCAUUUGAUCCCACACUUCACCAUUCUUACAGUUCACGCGCACCACCGCCGACGAUCCAGUUUGUGGAAGCAUCGGACCGUCAUAAGAGUUCCGAUGAAUGUGAGGAGACUCCUACGCCUCAAAUAAUAAAUGUGAUGUCCGUCGCUGUUAACGCUUGUACAUCCAUCACUUGCAAAAUGUGUCAUAGUGACUUCGAAGGCAAGGAAAAAUUUCUAGAACACGACUGUCCAAACGCACCAGUGUGGUGUUUCAAGUGCACGCAGUGCACAGAGAGUUUCGACGAAAAACGUCUAUUAAGAAGUCACAUGGAAAACGUUCAUUGCAUAAAAUACAAAGACAGAGCUUGGUCUUUGCAAGAACUCGUCUACAUAUGCGGUACGUGCAGGUUCCAGACACUGGGCAGAGAAGAUGCCGUUCAACACUCGAAAGAACACCUUUUGGAUGACGUAGUCGACGACGAGCAGAUCAAGCUCUUCGCCGUUCUCCGACAGGAACCAAAACCUUGCAGGGAAAAGCCUCGCGUGCCAAAAUCGUCCGAGAUGCGUCAGCCAACCAAUUGCGCGCCGGGAGAAGGCGUAACGGAGACGGUCAACCUAGGGGCGCGUAGAUGCGACGUCUGCAACAAAGAAUUCAGUUCGAAUCAGCGUCUUCAGAGCCACAUGUGGACGCACAAGAUAGACAAGCCUUACAAGUGCGAAGUGUGCGACUGCAGUUUCGUCCGCAACAAACAGCUCGCGGCACACAUCUACGUGCACACGGGCGACUGGCCGUACAAGUGUGCCGCGUGUCCGCAAGGGUUUCUCAAAGAAGACCAGCUGGCCGUGCAUCAACGACGCGCGCACGGGGCGUCGUGCUACGUCUGCCACAUCUGCUCGACGAGGUACCUCUACGAGGUGAACCUCGAACAGCACAUGUCGAGGAAACACGCCGAGUGCGCGCUCUUCCGCUGCGCGAUCUGCGAGAAGCCGUUCUUCAACGAGAGGUUCUUCAAGAAGCACGAGGAGAAGUGCGUCGAGGAGUGCAGCAGGAUGACUUCGAAAGAGGAUGUGCGCAGCUUCCUCUGUUCGUACUGCGACGGCGUGUUUUCGACUUACAAGGAACUGUGCGACCACGUCGCAAUACAUCCCGAGGCGACGGUGUUCAAGUGCCAGACGUGCGGAAAAGUGUCGUUGCACUCGGGGAUCCAUCAACAACACCUCCUGUCGCACAGGAAGAAACGGGCGCAGCUGAAACCCACCUAUCCGUGCGAUUAUUGCGACCGCCAGUUCAAGAGCCGGAAGGGGAUUCAGUCGCACAUGAACUUCCACGCCAACAUUCACCCGUACAGCUGCACGCUGUGUGCGGCCUCGCUGUCCUGCAGGAAAAACCUGGAAACGCACAUGGUGAGUAUCCACGGACAUCCUGGGGACGACGCGAAAUGUCCGCACUGCCCAAAGGUCUUCAAGUUGAAGCGUUCUCUCAACAUCCACGUCAACACAAUGCACGGCCAGAAGUUUGAGCACAAGUGCGACGUGUGCAGCAAGAGGCUGGCCACGGAGCGCAAGUUGCAGAAGCACAAGGCCCUGGUCCACAUGAACGACGCGGAAGGGCUGAAAGACGGGGAAGAAAACCCGUUCCCGUUGCUGAAGCUCCUGGCCUGCGGGCAGUGUCCGUUCAGGACGUUCAGCUACGUGCGCAUGGUUCGCCAUAGAGUCAACCACACCGGCAUCUACCCUCACCAGUGCACUGAAUGCGACAAGCAGUUCGUCUUCAAGGACCAGCUCACCCGCCAUGUCAGGCUCGUCCAUCGACGCGGACGCCUCUCCUGCCCGCACUGUCCGCGGCACUUUGUCGCGGAGCACCUCUACCAACAGCACCUCGAGGUGCACCGCACCAACCAGGGCCACCCCUGCACCGUCUGCAGUCACUACUAUGAGUCUGAAGCUGCGCUUGAGCACCACAGCCAGUGCCACAUAGAAAGUUUGCCAUUUGAAUGCAACACCUGCAAGCAACGUUUCAAGUUCUCGCAGGGCCUUUCGGUUCAUCAACGGUUCCGCCACGGUGGUACAGACAAAAAUGAUUUCGUGGGCGACCACUCGUGGACGUACUCCUGCAACGUCUGCCGAACGCGCUUUAAGUACCAGAGCAGCCUGGCAGCCCACCGACUCAACAAACACUCCGCGGAACGGAAGUUGGAGUGCAACUUCUGCGGCAAGGCGUUCAACUCGCAGUGCAUCCUGUCGCUCCACAUAAGGACUCACACUGGGGAGAAGCCGCACGUCUGCAAGCAUUGCGGGAAAGCCUUCAGGAUUUCGACAAACCUGAAGAACCACGUCGUUACACAGCACACGAAAGAGUUCAAGGUGUUCUGUCCGCUGUGCAACAAAGGGAUGGUGAGCAACAUGAAGUUGAAGCAGCAUCUGGUGCAGUCGCACAAGGCAGUCAGCGGACGUAGAGGUGGAAAGAAGGACAGCGCAGCGGCUGAAGAUAAGAUAGUGUGCGCCCCAGGAUCGUUGAUGCACGUUGCAGUAGAGGAUCCGGGGGUGUUACUGACGCAGAUGAUUAUGUGAUUGACAAGGGUGUCUUGGGCCUCUUAUACUUUGCUUACGUAAUAAAUACUUUUGCACGUG